AUGGGACCAUUCCCGAUAGCAGUGAGACAGUUGAAGUUUCUUAUAGUAGGCAUAGACUACUUUACAAAGUGGGAGGAAGUUGAAGCCUUGGCAACCAUUAUAGAGAAUAACGUACAAAGCUUUGUCUGGAGGACAACAGCAAGGACACCUACUAGAGAGACACCAUUUCGGCUAACAUACGGGAGUGAGGCAAUCAUUCUAGCCGAGGUCGGGUUUACAAGUUACAGGGUGGACAACCAUGAUGAAAGAAAAAACAAAGAGGCUAUGCGUCUACAGCUGAAUCUAUUGGACGAAGUUAGGGUGACAGCCGAACAAAGACUCGCACGGUACCAGGACCUUAUGGCCAAGCAUUACAACUCUCGGGUCAGAAACAGAGACUUUCAGGUUGGAGAUCUCAUUUUAAGAAAGGUAAUGCACGCUGCUAAAGACCCUACCUAA